AUGGCUGUAGACAAUCGAACAAUCAAGGAACUUUCAGCCUCUGGAUUGGACAGUGCAGUCCCUCUUUGCAUUCAAUACACUGGGGCAGCUGCAAGCAAGACCGAUGAGUUUGAAUUGAAGUCUAGUUUGCUACAUCACAGUCCCAAAUACCAUGGGCUGUCCAUGGAAGAUUCAAACAAGCAUUUGAAGGAAUUUGAAGUAGUAUGUUCAAGUAUGACACCCAUUAACGUGGAUGGAAAUAUUUUGAAGAUGAAAGCCUUCCCAUUCUCUCUUAUGGACAAGGCUAAAGAUUGGCUCUAUGAACUAGCACCUGGAACCGUUACUUCUUGGGAAAGGAGUCAUUCUUUUGAGGAAGAAAAUUAG